AAGUUAGCGAUAUCGGACGGUAUAAAUGCUAGGGGAUCGCAAAUGAUAUCUUGUAUGCGCCGCCGAGACGGAUGUUCGCAUGAGAGAUGUACUUGUUUUCCGUUUAGGCGAGAGACCCAAGACCGUUAUAGAAUCAUAUAGAAUGCAUAAAUUUCUUACCAUGUUGUCUGCCGAUGAGCAAUAGCACUCGUCCUCCAAGUAAGUUUACCGGUAGGUAGGAUUGAUCAAAUGUUCUUGUUGAAUUCUAAAAAUGACCUUUGCUAAGACCAGUCGCGAUCUGUACCUUGAUGCAAGGAUGGAGCUUGCUAGAUAAUUGUACCCAAGUAGACGCGGAGGCACGUGGUCGCGUAAAGUGCCCGCAGUCGACAAACUCUAAAUUAGGUACAGUCAUGAAACGUAAUUUUAUGCAUUUCUUUUCAUAUAUUCAUAUACCAUUCAACUUUCUACUAACGCCGACGGAUAAUCAUCGUUUGUUUCAUAGCGCUCAGUCUUUUAAGACCAUAGAGAAACUCGUCUUUGCGACAACUCGCAGAGGUGAUAGCGCAAUUAAAAAUGGCAACCUCGGAUGAAGAAGUUAGGCACGCAUGGACUCCUACCCGCGAGGAAUAUGCUCAGAUAUGGGCUGAGUCCCGCCUGUCUAUCCCGCCUUUCUUACGCAUACCAGCUGCUGCCAUGACAGCUUUCGGUGUGGGGAUGACUCUAGGUCUUGCGCAUGGUAGCAAGACGACCGGUUUACGUUUUAGAGCCGAAAAUGCCCAUCGGCUUCCUAGCACAACGACUGGAUGGUACCUUUACCACAAGAGCAAGAAUUACCAAAUAGCAUUAGGCGGGCUAAAGGAAGGAUUGAAAGUCGGAGCGAGACUUGGUUUUCUAAGUACCGCCAUGUUUUGCGCCGAGAACCUGUUCGAUGUAUAUCGAGGAACCAAGGAUCUCUUCAGCACUGUCAUGGCCAGUCUAGCCGUAGCUGGCGGCUUCAGUUUUUGGAAUCGUUUCUCGGCCGCCGAGACUGCAAGGACAGCCAAGAAAGGCCUGAAGUUCGGGAUUGCCUAUGGGGCCGUUCAGGACUUGCUCUCUCUUGCUAAAGGUCGCCCUGUUGGGUAUGUCGAGUUUAUCCGAAGACAUGUCGGAAAAGCUACUCAACUUGAGGAGAAAACUACAUGAGGUGCAAUAUCGGCCUUACGGGCUAGAAAGGACCUAGAAGUUUGCCUACAUCCGCUUAAUGCCGAAUGGUGUUCAAGGAACUCUAAACCUUCAUGCGGCCUUAUCUUCAACCGGCUCACUCGGAUACCUGCGACUACUGUACUCCGCAUGGGACUUCCGCAUUAACCGCAUCGGAUAGUUCGACGUACAGAUGAGCCAGAUAAUCUUGGGAAUUGCGGGGUUUAACGCUAUACCAGAAAUCUGAAAGCCUCACGAAAAUCGAAAAUCGUCGCAUCAACUUCGACGAAGACUGUAUUCACAAGAUAUAAUCACAAGAUAUAGUCGGAAAUUAACAAUCGGGGCACGUGGCUUACACAAGAAAAGUUACGUUAUAGAUUGCUCAAUAGCCCAUUAUUUUGAAUUAGCGCUUUCGGCCAUCAUCGCGUCAAGUUUGCAAGGAAGCUUGAACAAUGCGGCGCGGCCGAGCAUUCGGCUUGGCUUAGGAUACCCCACGUUUUGGCCACAGGCCUCGAACCGCUCAGAAUUUUAGAAUUUACGCGCGGCUUAUUCUUGCUAUAUUCGGUUAUCCUCAGAAAGCCGGACCGGACCUUGACUAGAAGUUACCAUGACUACCCCAGGUACUCUAGGUAGAGAACCAAUACCGUGU